GUCUGCUUCUGAUGGUUUCCGUUUCCUGUAGUUUCACAAUGAAGAGUGAGACAGAAACCACUACAGAAUGCUCUCAAAGAGCUUUCUCUUGAAACUUUAAUUGCAGGUGCUGUUACUUGAAGGGGUGGAUGUCCAGACUGGAUGAACAUGGCAAGUGGACGAAACACUGGUUUGUUCUGGGUGAUACUUCACUGAGGUACUACAGAGACUCAGAGGCUGAGGAGUCAGACGAUCUGGAUGGAGAGAUCAACCUGACAUCCUGUGUGAAUGUGUCAGACUGUGAUGUAGAGAAGAACUAUGGACUCCAAAUAUAUACAAAGAGAGCAGUGUUCACUCUCUCUGCUAUGACCUCCAGAAUACGACGGAACUGGGUGAAGUUACUAAAGCAGGCGAUCCAGAACAACACGCACCAAUCAGACACCGGCAGCGAGAAAGAGAACCCCCUCUCCCGGAGACCGUCGUCAUGCCAACCCCCUGCUCGGUUCACCUGCAAGGGCUCCGGCUAUGAACCUAGCACUUCCACCUCCGCCGCCACAGCUGCAAACUCCCAUCGGGCCGACCACCAACACCAAACUGCGGACGGGGAUCUGGACGCAGACUUAUCUCCAGCCAGUCAGAGAGAAGAAGGGGAGGGCUGGGACCGCGAGCAAGCGAAGCGAUUGGAGCAGAGGAAUAAGUGGUUUGAGGAGGGGGUCUCUUUAGGUGAGAUGGGCAGCAGGUGGGACUCAAUGGAGCUGAAAAAAGGGUGUGUGCCUGUCCCUGUUAUUGAGACCAUGGACUCAGAGGUCAGCAUGAAGUGGGCAGAAUUCGAGAAGCUGUCAUUUAGGGACAUGAGCGCACAGUCUCUCAUUGGAGCACAGGCCUAUCAGUCAAGCACCCCACAGGUAUCACAGUCUCUUGUUAGCUCCCAGAAUUAUAAAUCGAGCCCUGAAGAGGCCGAACAGUCUGUCACUGUAUCAGAAACUGAUGAAUCAAGCUCAAAGAGGGCCCUUCCAUCCAUGAAUGGAGCCCAAGCUUUUCAAUCAAAUACAGCUGAAGCACUUCAAAAGGAGGCACUCUCUCUUCGAAAGCAAGUGGAGAGCAUUAAGAGGGAGCGUGCCGCCAUGGGGAUAGAGGUGGACAGCCCGUGCGGCCCCGGGGCCCCCUGUAGGGCCAGGCUAGAAGCCAUGGAAGUAGCCCAUCAAAAAGCACUGCAGGAGCUGCAGGAGAAACACGCGAGGGAGAUCAGGGAGAUGGAGGAGCAGAGAGACAGGAUGCUACAGGAGGAGAGCCAGACAGCUGCUAAAGCCAUGGAAGCACUGAGAGCAGCACACAGAGAGGAGCUGGAGAGAGUGGUGGAGACGAGCAGGAGGUUGGCUGGAGGGGCUGCCCACGUGGAUGCUGCAUACAGAGGCCACAUGCCGGAGGCGGACGACUUGCACAGUGAAUUAGAUGUGCUGUCAGAACGUUACUCUCAGAAGUGCCUGCAGCUGAGCCGCACCGAGCAGAGCAGCAAGGGCAGAGAGACUGAGCUCGGUCGCAAGGAGAGAGAGCUGGAGCAGCUCAGAAGAGAGAACCAGGAGCUUAAGGCCAAACUGGCAGAAGAGAUCAGCCGCAUGCGUUAUUUCAUCACGGGCCAGAGGUCAAACAUGGGAUCUCUCGGCAACACUGAGCGCUCUGUGUCAGAAGUAGAGACAUUACUCAGGGCAAAAGACAAUGAGGUGCAGUACCUUAAAAAAGAAAUCAGCUGUCUACAGAAUGAAGUGCAGUCUCUCACCAAGGAGAAAGAAGCUGCUUAUGAGCGUUAUAAGGAGGCCUACGUAGAGCUGAGUGAAACGAAGGGGCGUAGCCAGUUGGAGACGGACUCCCUCAACGAACACUUGAGACUGGCCAAUGCUGCACUUCAGGAGGGAGCGAGGCGGACCUGACCAAUGACGACAACUGUUAAAAAGUUACCUUUAAGAACGAAGACAGCAAGCCAAUGAAAAAUAUUCACAAAAUAUAACAUUACAAUAAUAAUUUGUCCUGUCAUGACUGAAAUGACUUAGGAAAGUCAGAAUAAAAAUGAAGGCAACUGUGUACUUAAAAACCACAAUGCAAAGAUGGUUCAGAUUAAAUAACAUUUUAAUCCAUUUGUAAUCGACUCAGUUUAUUGAGUCACAUACAGAAACAUGCAAACAAGAGUGAAGGCGUCAGAAGUAGGUCUGACAGCCUCACAUGAUAUGAGAUUUCGAAAAAAUGAAUUUAGUGAAAACAACACAAACAGCAGCGGAGAGAGGAAGGAGAUGGGUGGAGGUAAACGGAUGUACUUGGAGGUCAAAUGCCCCAUCUCUCUUCAUCUUCCUUGUGCCAGCUGGUAUGCACUCUGUGGAUGGAAAUAAAGAAAAGUCACCUCCUUUAUGCGGUUACCACUUGU